GACAAUUUCGAAAUGGUGUUUUUUUUGGGGUAUAGAGCACCAGGCUUGGGUAUACUUUAUUUUUUUUUUAUAUCUAUGUCUACAUCUAAUCUAUGUCUAUCUCUACAUCUAUCUCUACAUCUAUCUCUACAUCUACCUCUAUAUCUAUUUCUAUGUACAAAGCACCGGGCUUGCUGUUGUUUACAGGGUAAAUUAUGUACAUGUAGCACCAGGCUUGAAAGUAUUUACAGGCUUGAAAGUAUUUACAGGCUUGAUGGUAUUUACAGGGUAUCAUAUGUAUAUGUGGCACCAGGCUUGAAGGUAUUUACAGGGUAGAUUAUGUAUAUGUGGCACCAAGGCUUGAAGGUAUUUACAUGGUUGCAGAUAUUUACAGUCUUGAAGUUAUGUUCAUAGUCUUGGAGGUAUUUACAGGAUUACAUGUAUUUACAGUCUUGUAGUUAUUUACAGUCUUGUAGUUAUUUACAGUCUUGAGGAUAUUU